AUGGCCGCCUUGCUGAAAAAACCUCUGAAACUCGCCUUGGUGCAGCUGGCGUCAGGCGCAGAUAAGGCUGCUAACCUCGCCCACGCCCGUACUAAAGUCCUCGAAGCUGCAAAGGCCGGCGCUUCACUCAUCGUACUUCCGGAAUGCUUCAACUCUCCAUAUGGGACUUCGUACUUCCCUAAAUAUGCUGAAACUCUUCUUCCGUCUCCUCCAACAAAAGAGCAGUCUCCGUCCUAUCACGCUCUAUCAGCCAUCGCCGCUGAGGCAAAGGCGUAUCUUGUAGGGGGUAGUAUCCCUGAACUUGAGACAAUAUCAAACAAAUACUAUAAUACAUCGCUCGUAUUUGCACCAUCGGGCGCCCUUAUCGGAACACACCGCAAGACUCACUUAUUCGACAUUGAUAUCCCGGGAAAGAUCAAAUUCAAGGAGAGCGAGGUCUUGUCGCCCGGCAACCAAUUGACUAUUGUCGACCUGCCCGAUUACGGCAAAAUCGGACUUGCUAUCUGCUACGAUAUCCGUUUCCCCGAGCCAGGUAUGAUGGCAGCGCGCAAAGGCGCAUUUGCACUUAUCUACCCUGGUGCUUUCAACACAACUACUGGGCCCUUGCACUGGCAAUUACUCGCUCGUGCUCGCGCCGUCGACAACCAAACAUAUGUGGCCUUGUGCAGUCCUGCACGGGACUUGGAUGCUACCUAUCAUGCGUACGGUCAUAGUCUAGUGGCGGAUCCUAGCGCGACGAUCUUGUCGGAGGCAGAAGAAUCCGAGAACAUUGUUUACGCCGAUCUGGACAACGAGACGAUUGAAAGCACCCGGAAAGGCAUUCCGAUUUAUACACAACGGCGGUUUGACUUGUACUCGGAUGUGAGUAAGAAUUAA